CUCUGCUCAGUGGAAAGAGAGAGAUAUCAUGGGGUUGGGUGGCCAUUGUGGAUCAGUGAGAAAGCUCUUCCAAAAGAUAAUUCAAGUUUUUCUCACUUUAUUUUCUUAGUCAUUUAUAUUAAUUAAUUUUUUUAUUUUUAUUUUCCUUAUUCUUCCCCACUAUGUAGUUGAUUUUUUCUUAUAUGAUUUAUAUGGAUAUGGAUUCUAAAUUUUUUUACAUCCACCCAAUGAAAGUGAAAUUGGAAUUCAAGUCUCAAUGAAACUGGUAAUUUUCUUCAACCGUUUGUUAAUUCCAUCUGGGUUCCUUGUUUUUAUCUUUUUCUUUGCCCCCUUUGCUCUUUUAAGCCAUCUGGUUCUGACUUCCAAGUUCAGUCCAUUUAUGACAUCAAUCUCUGGUGGUUUGUUUGGUUGCUGUUUCUUGUUGUAGCUGUUUAUGUGAUCUGAAUCUAUUCCAUUCCUUUUGUUCUCUAUCUCUCUCUUCUGGAUUUCUAGUAACUACAUGUUUCAUCUGUCCCUUGCUUUGAUCCACUGCUCAAAGCUCGUCCUCAAGCAAGUUCUGCUCUCCCUUUUGAUGCUCUCCAUUGUUACUCAUCACAGAUUCACCACCAGCUGCACCUCUUGCCAUUUCAUGCUUUGCAAUUUCUCUUUUACUCAAUUCAGGACAAGUAUUAGGUGACCCAGAACUCAAAAUACAGCCUUGCCUUGUUCACCUCACACUCUUUUGGUUGAACUUGUUGUGGACCAUGUUUGUGAGAUGAUUGUUGGUGGUUGGUGUUGGGGAUUAUCUUGGAUGGAACUGGGUUGUUAUGUGGGUGUAGUGUUUCAUAUCAUUGCGUCUUAGCUUGUGGUAACAAGAAUGGUGUCAAAGUCCUAUUCAAACCUGUUAGAGUUGGCCUCGGGUGAGGCUCCAUCAUUCGGGUUCAUGAACAGGAGAAUUCCAAGGAUUAUGACUGUGGCAGGGUUGAUAUCUGAUGUUGAUGAUGACCCAGUGGAGAGUGUGUGCUCCGAUCCCUCUUCAUCGUCUGUGCACCGCGACCGGAUCAUAAUGGUGGCUAAUCAGCUCCCACUAAGGGCUCAGAGGAAGGCAGAUGGGAAUAGGAAUUGCUGGUCUUUUGAAUGGGAUGAGAAUUCUCUUCUUCAAUUGAAAGAUGGGUUAGGUGAUGAUGAUAUUGAGGUUAUUUAUGUAGGUUGUCUCAAGGAGGAUGUGCACCCAAAUGAACAGGAUGAGGUUUCACAGAUACUUCUUGACACCUACAAGUGUGUCCCAACUUUUCUCCCACCUGAUCAGUUUACUCGGUACUAUCAUGGUUUUUGCAAACAACAGUUGUGGCCACUGUUUCAUUACAUGCUGCCUUUAUCACCAGAACUUGGUGGCAGGUUCAAUAGGUCACUGUGGCAAGCUUAUGUGUCUGUCAAUAAAAUAUUUGCAGACAGGAUUAUGGAAGUUAUCAACCCUGAAGAUGAUUAUGUGUGGAUACAUGAUUAUCAUCUGAUGGUGUUGCCGACUUUCUUGAGGAAGAGAUUCAACAGAGUGAAGCUUGGGUUCUUCCUUCAUAGUCCAUUUCCUUCAUCAGAAAUAUACAAAACAUUGCCUGUUAGGGAAGAGAUCUUAAGGCGUGGUUAUAUUGGGAUCGAGUAUUAUGGUAGGACUGUUAGUAUCAAAAUUCUUCCUGUUGGAAUUCACAUGGGUCAGCUUCAAUCGGUUUUAAGGCUGCCACAGACUGAAGAAAAAGUUUGCGAGCUCAUUAGACAGUUUUCUGAUCAGGGAAGGACAAUGUUGCUUGGGGUGGAUGACAUGGAUAUUUUUAAGGGAAUAAGUUUGAAGCUAUUGGCCAUGGAGCAGCUUCUCCUUCAGCACCCUGAGUAUCAAGGAAAUGUAGUGCUGGUCCAGAUAGCUAAUCCUGCUAGGGGACGAGGGAAAGAUGUGAAAGAAGUUCAAGCUGAGACCAAAGCCACAGUAAAACGAAUCAAUGAAACAUUUGGGAAACCUGGGUAUGAUCCUGUCAUUCUGAUUGAGGACCCUCUCAAAUUCUAUGAGAGAGUUGCUUACUAUGUUGUUGCUGAGUGUUGUUUAGUCACUGCUGUACGGGAUGGAAUGAAUCUCAUUCCCUAUGAAUAUAUCAUCAGUCGUCAAGGAAAUGAAACAUUGGAUAAAGUCUUGGGUCUUGCUUCCUCCCCCAAGAAAAAAAGCAUGUUAGUAGUGUCUGAGUUCAUUGGCUGUUCCCCCUCUCUAAGUGGAGCAAUCAGAGUGAACCCGUGGAAUAUUGAUGCAGUAGCUGAAGCAAUGGACUCUGCGCUGGAAAUGGCCGAUUCGGAGAAACAGCUUAGGCAUGAAAAGCAUUAUAGAUAUGUUAGUACUCAUGAUAUUGGGUACUGGGCUCGGAGCUUCUUGCAAGAUUUGGAAAGGACUUGUAGUGAUCAUGUGCGACGAAGGUGGUGGGGAAUUGGUUUUGGAUUAAGCUUUAGAGUUGUUGCACUUGAUCCAAACUUCAAGAAGCUCUCAAUGGAGCACAUUGUUUCUGCUUACAAGCGGACAACAACUAGGGCAAUCCUUCUAGACUAUGAUGGUACGCUAAUUCCUCAGGCAUCCAUUGAUAAGAGCCCAAGCAGUAAAUCCAUUGAAAUUCUUAAUAGUUUGUGUAGAGAUAAGAACAACAUGGUGUUUCUUGUUAGUGCUAGGAGCCGAAAGACACUUUCUGAAUGGUUUUCUCCUUGUGAGAAUCUUGGAAUUGCAGCUGAGCAUGGUUACUUUCUAAGAAUGAAGCGAGAUACAGAGUGGGAAACACAUGUUGCUGCAGCAGACUGUAGUUGGAAACAAAUUGCAGAACCCGUUAUGAAACUUUAUACUGAAACAACUGAUGGAUCCACCAUUGAAGAUAAGGAGACUUCACUUGUUUGGUGCUAUGAAGAUGCAGAUCCUGAUUUUGGAUCAUGCCAAGCUAAGGAGCUUCUUGACCAUCUUGAGAGUGUGCUUGCAAAUGAACCAGUGACAGUCAAGAGUGGCCAGAAUAAUGUAGAGGUUAAACCACAGGGUGUGAGCAAAGGACUAGUCGCAAAACGCCUACUUUCUGCUAUGCAAGAAAAGGGAAUGUCUCCUGAUUUUGUUUUGUGUAUAGGAGAUGACAGGUCUGACGAAGACAUGUUCGAGGUUAUCACGAGUUCGACGGGUGGUCCAAUUGCACCAAGAGCCGAGGUAUUUGCAUGCACCAUUUGUCGGAAACCCAGUAAGGCUAAGUACUAUCUUGAUGAUGUAACUGAAAUAGUGAGAUUGCUUCAGGGCUUAGCCUGUGUUUCUGAACAAAAAGUUUCAUUCUAAAGGUUUGGGAAGUGGUGGUGGUGAGGGGUAUUAUUGUGCAUGCUUUACUUUGUCAUUGAAUAUUUAGGCUCAGUUGUGCUGCUCUCCAUACACAAUCUUAAUUGUUUUCCUUGGUAUUCCAUGUAAAUUAUUGUAGUUGUUAGUGAGAGAAGUUCUGUAUCGGAUUCUGCUCCUUAAAUGUUUGAUUUCUGUCAGGAAAACUUGUACAUAUAUUUGGUUUCUUUCCAGCCAUGAAUUCUUGUAGUGUAUCCCUUUUCAGCCAUGGAUGUUUGGAUGUGAACAUGAUGCUGUCUCUUUCCAGAGGUUAUUGUUUUUUUUUUUUUUUCUUUAAAUGGUAUUAGUUUUGUUGGAUUUUGUUAAUUUCUGUCCAAAGUUCUAAUUUUAACCAUCUAAUAAUGGUAAGUUUUUAUUGAAAAAAGAUUGAUUUAUUUGAACUUUUGUAUUCUUGAUAUAAUGAAUACUUUUUUUUAAUAAAGGUUGACUUAUAUAAAGAGAGGAAUGUACUUCAAAAGGAAAGGGGACGAUACUUUGAUAUGAUCCUUGUAUGUGUUGUAUUAAGUACUUAAGUUGUUAAAAUUUGUUCCUUUUUAAUUUUUAAUUAAUGGUUAUAAUUUGACCCUGAUUUAUUUUGUAGAGUAAACAUCAUUUUAGAUGGUCAAACAGGACAAAAAUGGUUAAGAGUCCAAAGUUAUUACUCAUCACCAUGGCAUUGUGCUAAUAUUCCCACACCUUAUUUUUCUAUUUUUUGGUUAACAGUUGUGUAUUUUAGAGGAUCCAUACUCUUAUGUGCCUAAUUUUGUCGAAUUUUCCUUCAAGAAUUCACCUGUGGAGCGAUCGAAAUGAGUUACUGGAUAUUUGAGACGUUUUAAAAUUCAAAGAUCAAAGGCUGUUUUUCUUUUUGACGGUUGUAUUAUUUGUAUACUAUAUUAUGUUGGACCCCUAAUUAGAUAUAAUAACUACU